UUAUUUUCGAACCCCUCCCCCAAAUCUUGAGAGCUCUUCGCCGGAAAACACCCCCAAACCACCCAAAAUCGCCGUCCCAAGUCAAAAGUCACCCUUAGGAGUUCCGAUUAAGCAUCAAGCAUCAAUUCUUAACCUUCUUCAUCCCAAUUUGAGCAUCAAUUCAAGGUAUUUUGGCUUUCAUCCCAACUUUCUCCAAUUUUUGAAAUCUAUUCUUUCUUUCAAUUCUUGGCAAAAUAGAUGUUUAUCAUUGAUGAAAAUUGACCCCAUAUGCUCAUGUGAUGUAUAUAAACUUGUUUGUUGCCAAAAAUUUUGAGAUUAAAGUUCAAACUUAGGGGAAGUUUUUUUUAAAAAAAACUAAGAACCCUAAUUUCGAAUUUCUUGUUCAUUGAUGAAUUGCUCUAUAUAAUUGAUGUUUAGAAGAAUAUUGAUAUAAUUUAUUGUUGAUAUAUAGUCUUCUAAACAUAAUUAUUGAAAGAAAUUUGUGUAUGAACAUGAAAGUUGGGGAAAUUGAUAAAUUCUUGGAUUUUAAACCUAAAUUACCUUGAGUUGAUGAAUAUAUGUCGUGUUGCGUAUGUGUUGAACUAAUUUUGCAGGUCCAUGGCACUCAAACGAGCAAAAGGUGCUAGUUCUUCUUCUUCUUCCGUUCCCCGUUUCACCUCCCCGGAGAAUGAAGCGUGGUACGAGACGAGAAAGAAGUGGAAAAUUGUCAUUGAGAAAAUUGUGGACCCCCAACCCCAACUCAACGAACUCUACCGGAUUUCAGAGGCGUUUGACGUUCUAGGGUGGGCUAUCAUGCUCACUCUAACUGGAGCAUACUACCCGCGGCUUGUGCGGGAAUUCUACGCAAACAUUGAAAGGAAGAAUGAUCCCUACGGCGACAUUGUAAGCACCGUCAAAGGCACAACAAUCACGGUGAGCGAACGCCGGCUGUGCAACCUACUCAACAUCGUUGACGUAGGUACUCCCUUUUCCAUGAACUCUCAGGUUGUGCUAAGUGACCUCGACUAUGAUGAAAUAAGGGCAAUGCAACUGUUCGGCGUCAAUGAAAACCUUAGGGCCAAGACCCUAAAUGUUCGGGAAAGACUAAUCGUGUACCUUCUUGGCUCCAGCAUCUUGCCACGAGCUAGUGACACACACCUUAUCCGGCGGGGAGGAUUUUAGCCGGACCGACCGGCGCCGGUUGGGGUGUGUCCGGAGCCGGUUACGCGUGAACGCCAACACCCUAAACUCUCUGGAAACAUACGGCGCCGGUUAUAUGGCCCGACCGGCGCCGGUCGUUUGAAAAUUUAAUUUUUUUUGUUUCAAUUAUAAAUAAAUGUGAAUGUUUAUAAAUAGAUUUAUUUAUAAUUGAUUUUUGUUGUUGGGUUGCCUCGCAAUUAGCGCUCAGUUUAACGUCAUAGGCUGCACGCAACAUACUUUUAUUCUUCCAAUUGGCAUGCAGUGAUUGCCGGAGUGAUGUGGUACUCCAUAUAUGGCUUGAGACGGUGACCAUUUACAAGGAAUGGUGCUUGAUCACCAUCUUGAAUCAUCAUUGACCCGUAUGGUCGGACCUCGGUGAUCGUGUAAGGCCCCGACCAUCGGGAUUUGAGCUUUCCAGGAAAUAGACGGAGUCUUGUGUUGAAAAGUAAUACCUUUUGUCCGACGUAGAAUUCCCUCCGAUUUAUGUUUUUGUCGUGCCAAGCUUUGGCCUUCUCUUUGUAGAUGCAGGAGUUCUCAUAUGCGUCUUUUCGGAGCUCUUCUAGCUCAUUGAUUUGAAGCAUCCUCUUUUCUCUCCCAAGAGUGUUAUCAAGAUUUAAUUGGGAAAUAGCCCAAUGAGAUUUGUGCUCAAGCUCCACAGGGAGGUGACAUGGUUUUCCAUAAACGAGCCGAAAAGGGGACAUACCGAGUGGAGUUUUGUAGGCCGUUCGGUAUGCCCAUAAGGCAUCAUCAAGCUUUAGUGACCAAUCUUUCCUAGAAGAGUUGACCGUCUUCUCAAGAAUGGAUUUUAUCUCCCGGUUGGAAAUCUCCACUUUACCAUUAGUUUGAGGAUGGUAAGUGGCUCCGGUCUUAAACAUGCAUCCAUACUUUUUUAAGAGGUCGGUAAAAUGAGCAUUUUUGAAAUGAGUACCAUUAUCACUAAUGAUACUCCUAGGAACCCCAAAUCUUGAGAAGAUGUUCUUUUUCAAGAUUUGGGGUUCCUAAUGAUAUUUUUGUGUGUGUAAUAGAAGAAAAAAUUGGGGUUUUGGACCGAGAAUGAUAAAAGAGUUAUAUACUUUUUUUUACCUCUCUUAAAAUUGAAAAUAUUUUUGUGCAUAUAUUUUUGUCGAACUAACCAAGGCAUCCAAGACUGAAGAAAUUGCUCGAGGAUUAGCAACGCUCAAUUGUGGGGGAAUUUUUGAUAAGCACAAUAAUUACUUAUGUUUUUACAUAGGUAAUUAUACUUAUCUGUACAAAAAUAUACAACAAAAACAGGUAAAUAUUCCAAAGUAUGCAAAAAUGUGGAAUAUGGCUAGGAGCGACAAAUACGGGAUCAAAAGUCAAAGGGGAUUAAAAAUCAGCACUUCUGGAUAAAUCGGAGGCACGAAGUUGAGAAGAAAAGCAAGUAAACAUUUUUGGCGCAGUAACCGGCGCCGGACACACCCCAACCGGCGCCGGUUGGUUCUUAAUUCCCGGAAAAAAAUACAUGACCGGCGCCGGUCAGGCCAGAACCGACGCCGGUUGGUCGGAUUCUGCAAAAAGCACAGCAACGUGCAAGACGAUUUUUGAUGGGAAAACUUCAUCUUCCUAAAUGCUAAUCAAAUAUUGCUUCCAUACCUGAUUGUUGGGUUGGAAUAGACUAAAAGAUGUCAUUCUUUAGCCUAUAUAAACCCCUCAAUUCAUCAUGCAAAUUCAUUCCAUUCCAUAGAUUAAUUCCUAGUUUUUAUAUUUUAUUCUUGGUAUUGUUAUUCAAGUUCUUUGGAGAAGAAGUCAUUUCUUUCCUCUACAAUUGGUUCUAGGCAAUUUUUCUUAUAUGUUAUUGUAUUUAAUUGUUCUUAGUUACACUUUUGUAAUUAAUAUGAGCAUUAGAGGCUAAAUUUUUAGCUAAGGCUAGAGAUGAACUUCUAUGCCCAUUAGGUGUUUGAUAAAAGUUCUAAACCAAUAAAUUGUGAUUUAUCCUUUAUAUAUUGAUUGUUUAUGACUAUGGUGUACAACAUAGAAGUAUGUUAAAUUUAGUUUAUACCUGCAAUUAACGUUGAAGUCUAAACUAUGUAUUAACACAUAAUACAUUACACAUAUUUUAUUAUAUUCAUUUACGUAUAUAAUCUUGUAUUUAAUAUUAUUUGUACACUUACCUUUAGCAUAACUGUAGCCUAAAUAUUAG